GCAAGAUAUUACCUUCUGUAUGCAUGUUCAGCCAAGCAAACCUGCACGACCAACCUUUUCUGUCUUCUUCCAAUAAAGUUGACUAAGUCUCCGGCCGCUCUCAUCUCGAGACCUGCAUGCUGGCUGCCGCUUAGCUGCAGUACUACCUUGACCAAUCCCGAAAAACAUACUCGCUACCCCUCUCAUUCUACCAACGAAAACUUCGUCUAAUACGAGAUCACGACUUCGCCUAGAGCAGAAAAGCAAAGAAGGUCGAUUUCUGGAAAGUCACCUGUUUCCAAUUUUGUCAUCACCUACUUGACCGCCCUUCCCCUACCUCGAGCAUCAGGUCCGCUCUUUCAUUCGCGCACUCGCCUUCUAUCCUACCGCGCCCAUUCUUUCGCGACUUCUUGAUGUUAUACAACAUGUGGACUGAAAUGUUCAGUCGGGCGGUCAACGAGAAUGGCGUACCAUCGAUUCAUGAUCCCUGGCCAGCAAAGGACAUUGCCUAUACCGCGAUUGUUGGCUCAGUCAUGCUUGCCGCUCUUCUUGAAUGGUUCCUUUGGGUAGCUGCUUUCCUAUAUUGUCUGGUCAAGGUCUACCAAAAGGCGGAGACCCUCAGUAUUAAGGUUCUCGCCAUCAUAAUGAUGUUUGCUUUCACCGCUUUGAGGUGUAUUUUCUUGCCCAUCAUGGUUGUGACACUCCCCCUCCCAAGUCAAGUCGUGCGAUACUUCCCUGAAGCUAUGGUCAGCUUCUUACAAUGGUUUGCCUUCUGGUCUUUUUCUGGAUUGCUCAUCAUACCAUGGCUCAUCUGCGUAUAUCAACUGGUUACCCACUCUGUUGGAAGAACCAAGCGCAUCAAGCAUGUUCUCGACGAAGAUUCUGCACCGAAAGUUGUCAUUAUCAUGCCAUGCUACAAGGAGAUCCCUGAGAUCCUGCUCAGGACGGUUGACUCUCUGGCUGACUGCGAAUAUCCACCAUCGUGUCUCCACAUCUUCCUCUCUUUUGACGGAGACCAAGAAGAUGAACUUUACCUCAAAACAAUCGAGCAGCUCGGCGUCCCUUUGACGCUGGACACAUACCCUAAGAGUAUCGAUGUCACUUACAGGAGCACGCGCGUCACUAUCUCUCGAUUCCCGCACGGAGGCAAGAGACACUGUCAGAAGAAGACUUUCAAGCUGAUUGAUAAGGUGUAUGCUGAGUAUCUGAAACGCAACGAUAAUCUCUUUGUUCUCUUCAUCGACUCUGAUUGUAUCCUGGACAAAGUGUGUAUCCAGAACUUCAUGUACGAGAUGGAACUGAAGCCUGGAAGUAAAAGAAACAUGCUUGCCAUGACCGGAGUCAUCACAUCGACAACGGAAAAGAACAGUCUCAUCACAAUCUUGCAAGACAUGGAGUAUAUCCAUGGCCAGUUGUUCGAACGAUCGGUCGAGUCUGGAUGUGGUGCCGUAACAUGUUUGCCCGGAGCCUUGACAGUCCUACGUUUCUCUGCCUUCAGAGCGAUGGCCAAAUACUACUUUGCGGACAAGGCCGAACAAUGUGAUGACUUGUUUGACUAUGGCAAAUGCCAUCUGGGAGAAGAUAGAUGGCUCACUCAUCUCUUCAUGAUCGGUGCCAAGGAGAAGUACCAGAUACAGAUGAACACAGGAGCAUUCUGCAAAACGGAGGCUGUGCAGACAUAUCAAAGCUUGCUCAAACAACGCAGACGAUGGUUCCUCGGAUUCAUCACCAAUGAGGUUUGCAUGCUUACUGACGUCCGUCUUUGGAGACGCUAUCCCAUCCUCUGUCUAGUUCGAUUUGCACAAAACACAAUUCGAACAACUGCCCUUCUCUUCUUUAUCAUGGUCAUCUCCAUCAUCACAACUUCUCAGAAGAUUGACAAUUUACCUGUUGGGUUCAUUGCUGUAUCCCUUGGGUUAAACUGGGUACUAAUGCUGUAUUUCGGUGCAAAGCUUGGGCGAUACAAGAUCAUGAUGUAUCCUCUGAUGUUCGUCAUCAAUCCAUUCUUCAAUUGGGCAUACAUGGUAUACGGUAUUUUUACUGCAGGACAAAGAACCUGGGGUGGGCCGCGUGCCGAUGCUGGUGCUGCAAACUCUACCACCACACCACAAGCCGCAAUCGAACACGCCGAGGCAACAGGUGACGAUCUGAACAUUGUGCCAGAAACUUUCAAACCAGCAGUCGAAGCAAUCACACGCAAGAAAUCUGUCAAGAACAGAAAUGUGCUACCGGAUCAAGGUCUGGAGGGCAGAUUUGCAGCACCCGAGCUCAUGCCUGGUGGAUGGUACAAGCAAGCGGCCGAGUCCUCCAACACUCUUCCAGAUCUUGCCAACCAUCCUGCCAUGCGUCGUCUGAGUUUCGAGUCCAUCGUGACUGCAACCUCGGGCAACAAUUCAGUCUACCUUCCUCGACGUAUUGAAUCGAUCAUGGGACCCGAAGAUCGCAAUCUGUACCACAAUGCUCAGGCUCAUCAAAGACCAGCUGGUGGGUUACACUACGAACAAGAAGAAUACGAAAUGAGUCGACCUGACACUGGGACAACCCUUAAGGGGGGUUAUUCGGUCUCGGUACGAUCGGCAAGUGAUGAUGAAUCGACCUAUGGACAUGGAAGAAUGAACUCAGAUAACAGCGAUAUGAGUGUAGCACAAGGAAAGGCUCCAGCGGAUAUAGAAAAGACACUAGCAGUCCCUGAAAGAAUCAGGCAAGCAACUGAUCACGGCAGCAAUCGUACUCGAACGGGCAAGAGUCCGUUGGCGCGAAGAAGCUUCGUCAGAUCAGCAUCAGACCUGCUGCCAGACAUGACUGAGGAUCAAGGCGGCCAAGCGAUGGAGAUGAGAGAGCAAAGUAUCGGCCUCAUGGACCCGCGAGCCAGAAGCAACAGUCCUCUGGGCCCCCAAGCUACAGCCGCACCUGCUGCCGCACCAGCACCAGCACCAGCACCAGCACCCGCGCCUAGAAGCCAACCUCCGCAACAAGAAGUCGUGGAAGAAAAGAGCAAAAAGGAGCGAAAGAAGUUGAGUAAGUCUCGAGCUGGCAGCAGUGGGAGUGGAAAGUAGAUGAUUCAAAUAGGUUGGGUAAUGAACGACGAGUAAUAGUAGAAUAUCAAGCCUU